AUGUCUGAGGAAAACUUCGGUGUGCCUGGUUUUUUACUUGUCGAAGAACUGGGACCGGAAGCUACAGAAGAAAUCCAUCAAGCGGUAACAGAUACUGUGAUACGCAAUCCCUCAACUACACAGUCAUCAAACACUGAAUUUAAGGUAUGGACAGGUAUGCCAAUCGAUUUAACUGAAAACUCUGAUGAUUUAAAUGAGCAUCAUAACAGUGAACUUACUUCUGUUGGGAAAUCAGAAACAGCGAGGAAUUCAUUCGAAGAUAUCGGGGAUUUAAAGGAUAUCUCAGUGAUUGAUGAUGAUUCAUUUUAUCAUACAAAUGUGGAAGAAGGAUCAGAUCCUGCAUUCAGACGUAUCACUGAUGAACGAAAGUCAGAACCAGAAUCAACGUUACAACCUGAAGCAACACGUGAGCCUGUGUCAUUCCCAAAAAGCGGAGUAUUAGUGUCAUCAGGCAAAAAUCCUGAACCAGUGACUGAUUUUAAACCAAAAACUGAAUCAGAAUUUAUUGUUCUAUCCGAAGGUAAUUGA